CGGGGUUAAAAAGCGGCGGGCGGCGCACCGGGGCCACAGUGUGGGGUGUAUUUGAAGAAGAGACACAGAAAAGUUAGAAGCGGAUUUUUCUGAUCUGCAGCAGCAUCCGUCGAGAGCAUCAUGGCAAACAAACCACAGCAGCCUCCUCACCUGCACCUGGCCGAGGUCACCGCAUCCCAGUUCCUGGACAUUUGGAAACAUUUCGACACAGACGGUAGGACACUUUCGCCUCCUUAGAGUUAAUGCAAACUCAAAACCGGUAUGAGAGAACUUCAUCUUACUGCAGAUCUUCACAUUAACUUGUUUUGUGGAGGGUUUUCAAAAGCCUCAUAAGGGAAAACUCGGAGGCAUCAUUAUGAGAAAAAGUGCUCAUAAUAAGAUUUAGGAAAUCAAUCCGGGCAAUGUUUUUUAAAAUCUUUUUUUUUGUUUGUUUGUUUGUUUGUUAAAGAGGCAAAUCAGUGGAUCAAGACAUAAACAAACAAACAAAAAAGGACAAGGUUGUGUUUAAGGAAUCUCACAUCAAAAGGAUUGAAGUAGACGGGAUUAACACAGUCCUUUAUCAAGUUGUCUGAUUAUAUAAUAAAAUAUUUAAAAAGGCAUUUUCUAUCGUUCAUAUGAUGUUAUCGUGAUAUCCAAAAUAUUCCAUGGCUAAAAAGUUCACCUUCCGUCAGAUUAAUUUGAGAUCCGAACCACUCCCGUUGUCGUCACGUGACAGGACCGUAGGAUAUUUGUAAUAAUGAUCUGUAUACCCUAAAAAUAUGAACUGUUUGAAUGCUGUGGCUGGUCAGUGCUCAUGAGAAGGCACACCCGUUAAAGGAGGGGAAAUGAGUUUUCAAUGUUCUAAACGAAGUUUUUUUUCUUUUCUGUAUUUUAUUUAUAUUGACAGCUCAGGUUCCACUUGAACUGCAUGACUUACAGUGAACCACAUUCAAAGAAUUAAAAGAUCCACCCAAUGUAAUGCCAGCUGUUUGCCUGUUUCUAUAUGACAAUUGGUCCUGUCAUUGUCAUUUUACAACCAUGACAGAAAACGAUUCAAAUAAACAUUUGAAGUUUGAUUUUGUAAUUGAUUCAUCACUUCAUUAGUGGCUUAAUUUGAAUGAAGUAACUUACAAGCACUGACUGCUUGAAUGUUAAGUAAGUAAUUGGCUCCAGCUGAUGGGGCUUAUAUCGAUUUCCAUUUCCACUUGAUGACUUUUUUUUUUUCUUUAAGUUCCAUCAAUAAGGUCUCUCAGCGAAGUGCAGUGAGAAAACAGAUUACUGAUGUAUUGGUGUGAUCGCUUUCAACAGAAAUUUUGAAUUUUAUGCACUAAUUUGUUUCAAAAGCCCCUCCCUCCUGCUUCACAUAAACACACAUACACGCAGACACACACUGGCACAUCGUGUUUCUUCCCCACUUCAAACCCGAUAGGUGUCUUUCCUUCUGCCAUUGAUCCUCUCUCUUUGUCUUGCCACUUUGAAAACAUCCCUUCCUGUAUGUGUGUUGCAGUGACUGUAUGACAGGGGUCAACAUAUCCAUGAGCUUUGUCAGCGCUGUCAAAAAAGGCUCCUAAGUCUGAUUAUGCAAAUGUUCGUACUUUCAUUUCACCUAAAGGUCUGCAGACUCCUCUGUGGAUGAAUGACAUUCUGUGACCUGGUAAAAAUGCUGAUGAAACAUUUUGAAAUUCACUGGAGUGACUCAAAAGUCCACUGUGGUUAAUCUAAAAAAAAAAGAGAGAGAGAGAGAGCUAUUUCCAUUGUGCUUCAAAACUUUGUGACUCAGACUGUUUGCUUUCCUGGCUGCUGGUGGUCAUUUCAGACAGAAGGGCUCAAGCUCACAAGUUCAAUCGGCUGUCUUUAGAUGUCAAAAAUACACCUGCUGACAAGGCUAUGUGAUGCACCUAUUUCUCAUUCACACACACACACACACUUACUCCUGGGAAUUCAUUGUUACGGCGAUCUGUUUUUGACGCCUGUACAUGCUGAAAGGUUCUCCCCGGGGAAAUCAAGGUGGCAUGAAGAGUUUGGUGGCGUGGCACAGCAGCUGAGCUCCUCCAUACAAGACAAUGUGCAGAAAAAGUUGUCAUUUUCUUCUCUGUUUCAUCCCUUUAGUCCUGGUUUGUGCAUAUCAAUAGAAAGCCAUCACCCCCUCAUUGUUUCAGUCCACUGCAGAGGUCUUUUACAUACUGUGAUUUGCAAUAAGCCACUUUGCAAAUCAAAUACAACCAAUGUGGAUCAACAGAUUUAGCUACAACGCUCAAUUCCUGGUCUCAUUACUGGGAGUGUCUUCUGGCUGUGCAGAAAGAAAGGCAAGCUAAUUUGUUUGCUCAGUUUGAGUAAACAUCUGAGUUGCAGAUAAAAAUACACAAGGGGGGCGAUGCACCCAGAGAUGGUACCACAUAUUCCCCUGUUGGCCUAGGAUCAAGUCUCAUCUGGAUUGCAUCUUCCCUCAGCUCCAUUGCUCUGUGUCCCUCUCAUCUUUCGCUGCUGUCUCUCUCUGUCAGGUCUUUUCAAUGCUAUUACUUCAAAGCUGGAGAAGGAAGCAACUGCAGUGUCUUAAGCUAAUUAUAGAGCUGUCAAUUAUUUUGAUUAACCUGGAUAUGGAAAUUCAGAGUUCGAAGCAAUAUCCGCCUCCUGUAUUAAGCCAGCUGUGAUCUCAGCACCAAAUAUUUGAAUAGACAAAGCUGCACUCUCGUUGAAAGGCAAAUGCACUUUAUAUAGGAUUUAAAUAUGCACUUGUGUGGCACAGCUGCCUGCUUUGAGAGUUUUCUGAAAAGUGUAGUGUUGAAUUUUAAAAUCAGAACUUGUAGAGGAGUGAAGCAUCUUACCCACAUCUCCCGGGACUGUAAUGACGCACUUUCCCAAAGAGUGUGUAUUUAGGCCAAAAGUGGUUUUGUGAACCUUUUAUCUUGCUGGUUGGUGUAUGCUUUGAGUGCAUGUGCAAAAACACCAGAGGAUAGGAAACUAAGUAUGAAGGGGAGGUCUCAUUACGAGAUAUAAAACAAGUUAUUUGACAGUUAAACUAAACGUUCUUGAAGUGAGCCAUAAAGUAUGGCUGCUUGCUGGCAUUUUUUACAUCGCGAAUACACAGUGGAUUUACUUUACUGCAAGAUGGACACACUCUCAUUUGGCUGUGGCAAAUUAAGCAUUUAUGAGGGGAAAAAAUGUACAUUCACACAACAUACUCAUGGAGCAUGAUUAGAAGCACAGUGCAUAGAAAUGGUAAUGAUCGGCAAUAGCGGUCAGAUGAAAAUGCUCCCUUGCUUAUCCCUCCAGUCGGUGAAGUGAUGGGAACCUUUUCAGACGAGGAGCUCCUGUGAUGCACGAUAAGUGUGGCCCUUCAUUUGUUGAGUUUUUUCACCAUCAAUAAAAAUCCAUCAGUUGUGGUGUGAUGAAAAGCCACUAGACACUAGAUUGGGCUCGUGAGAACAAGAAGAGAAGAUAUUUUAACGCUAAUUCAAGAUCUCUCGCGAAAAAAAAGUACUUUCAUUCAAGUGUACAUUACAAAUGCAAAACAAAGCAGGUUAACUAGCAAUAUGGUCAAGCUGUUUACGUGACCUGUUUACAGCAUGUUAUUGCUACCUCUGCUUCAGUGGCAAUUAGGGCAAUAUUGACUUUUAGCAAGUUUUUUUAUCCAUACAUAAUCAAUAUGUAUCCCUCGACAAUACUUGUGCAUCUUGGAAAUCUUUAAUUACAAGCUAACAUGUUGUAACCAAGAAUUGUGAAUCGUGUUAAACUGAUAAUUAAACACACUGUUCUGCACUCUAACAGCGUGAGGUAAAGGAGUUUAACAGGCAGGCAAUGUGAAAAUAAUUGUGGGCUUCAAUGCGGUCGUGAAGUCAGGACUCUGAGGUCCCUGUGUAAUGAAACAAAACAUGUGACACAGCUGUAUCAUGUGAACAAUCACAUUCACAGGUUGGAGCCUUACCUUCAAAGAUCAACAUUUUAUUUUUGGGUAGGGAUGCCUUUACCUAAAGCACAAACAAGCCAUACGCUUUUUCACUGCCACUACAUCUUUGUAAUGCUGCAUCUGCAAUAAAAAAAAGUGACAAACUCACCUAGAGCUGCAGGAAAACAGUGUAAAAAUCUCACAAGAUAGCUUUAAACUCAACGAGGAAUCUCAUAACCCCCAAAAUAAAGAGAUAUCCUGGCAUGAGUUUACUUCUGUCAUCAUAACAACUUUUUUUGUGCUAAAUGACCACUCUUUUCUUCAGCUUUUUCCUGCUCUAAUCUGUACACCUCACACAAACACUUACCAAAUAGACAAAUGCAUGUGAUGCAAGUUCUAUGCAUGUUCCGUGAAACUGUAGAAAAAACGCAAGAUGGCAACCUGGAAAGAGAUCCUCUCUUAAUGUUGAUAGAAAAGGCUCAAUCUAAGUUAAAAAAAAAAAAAUAUAUAUAUAUAUAUAUAUAUAUCAGUGGCGGCUGCUGGUCUUUCAAUGAGGGGAAGCUCAUUUUUCUGGCCUACAUCAUAAUUGUAUUUGUUUAUUAGUAUGUAACAGAACAGAGUCGCCAAACACAACGGCAGUCGUUUUUAAUAAAGACAGAAGUCGCUGAGGAUCGGUAAAGUCUCUGGAGCAGUUAAGAACAACAGAAUGAAUGACUUGGAAAAUGCUCUGGUAGAUGUUUUAUUCUUCAAGAUCGCUGAUUCGCUUGUUUAGCUGUCAAUCAAAAAAAGAUUUCGCCUCAGACAGCUCAUCCAAUCAUGGAUGCAGAAGCUUGCAGUCCGGGAGAAAGUCGGGACCGCCCUCUCGCCAUAGAACUCCAGUGAAGCUUAGCUUCCAUUGGGCGGGACAAAGCCCAGCAUUUAUGCAAUGAGCGUCUAGUUUCGCUGCUGGAACAACCCACUUUUAGCUUCCACAUUGAAGUCAGCAGAAGCCCAGCGUCCGGCUGUUUAAAGCGCUGAGGCGCUGCGAGGAUGAAUGAGAACGAAGUUAUGCCGGUUACCUAUGAUUAUCAGCUUCUUAUCACAGUGUCUGAACAAAAGUUGAAGGCUUUCUAGUGCGUAUUUAGUUAAUGAAAUGUACACACAGCCGUACGUAUUUCACCACUUUUUCUUUUUUUGGGGGGGUGACAUUUUAAGGGAAGCCGAGCUUCCCUUGCAGUCUUAGAGCAAUCGCCACUGAUAUAUAUAUAUAUAUAUAUAUAUUAUAUAUAUGAAAGCCUUCAUCUUUUGUUCAGACACUGUGAUAAGAAGCUGAUAAUCACAGGUAACCGGCAUAACUUCGUUCUCAUUCAUCCUCGCAGCGCCUCAGUGCUUCACACAGCCGGACGCUGGGCUUCUGCUGACUUCAAUGUGGAAGCUCAAAGUGGGUUGUUCCAGCAGCGAAACUAGACGCUCAUUGCAUAAAUGCUGGGCUUUGUCCCGCCCAUCGGAAGCUCAGCUUCACUGGAGUUCUAUGGCGAGAGGGCGGUCCCGACUUUCUCCCGGACUGCAAGCUUCUGCAUCCAUAAUUGGAUGAGCUUUCUGAGGCGUAAUCCUUUUUUGAUUGACAGCUAAACAAGCGAAUCAGCGAUCUUGAAGAAUAAAACAUCUACCAGAGCAUUUUCCAAGUUAUUCAUUCCGUUGGUCUUAACUGCUCCGGAGACUUUACCGAUCCACAGCGACUUUUGUCUUUAUUAAAAACGACUCUGUUCUGUUACAUACUAAUAAACAAACACAAUUAUGAUGUAGGCCAGAAAAAUGAGCUUCCCCUCCUUGAAAGACCAGCAGCCGCCACUGAUAUAUAUACAUUUAGGUAAAUAAACACUAAUGUAAAAAUAAUCACAAUUACUAUAUCCCCUCUGUACUAAGUUUGUUCCGCUAAAUGCUGCUAUCCUACCCAUCAUACUCUGCCUCAUCGCACUAGUUAAACAGAUGUUCACUUUUGUACAUAAGAUGGGAUGUAUAGGUUGUACGUAUAAUCUAUUCAUAAGUUUGUUUAUGUUGUCAUUUCACGCCAUAUGGCUUGUACUUCAUCACAUCGCUUCCUGUUUAAUUAUCAAGCCAACCAUUUCCCUCCUGAGUACUAAAUGUCAGUAGGAUCCACUGGAGGGAGGCAGGGUCGCAGUGAGUCAUUUUAUGGUUUCAUUUAUUGAAACAGCAGAGCUGCUUUUCUUGCGUUUGGAUAACAUCACUGAGGAAAGCAUAAAUGCUCACACACAUACUGAAGAAUUUCUAUGGGUAGAACAAAGAGACCAAGAUGCUGGCUGGAUGGGAAGGGGAGGUUGUUUGAUAAGAGAUGGCAUUGAGAGAAAGAGAGGUAGAGGAAGUGGAUGAUGGCAUGAUAAUCUUUGUUAGUGUUUAAUGAGGCAAGUCUGCCUUCCAGGGUUUUAUUGAAGUAGCUCGCUACAUCGUUUGGAGCCAUCUGUCCGACCAUCCAGCAUGCUUGUUGAUGGAAGAUUGGCACAGGUUCACACAGUACCUAGGUGGAGCAGGCAUACAUACAUUUGUCCUCAGAAUAGACACAAAACACCAGGCACAUAGAAAAAAUAGGAUAAAAAAAGAAAAACAACCUUAUUGUCCCUGAGAUAAAUUUGUCCACAAGGAUCUACAGAUAAAUAGGAUCUACAUGAACUUUCGAUAUAGGCCAGAUCUGACAACAGUGAUACUGGAGCUGUCAAAGUGACUGACAGUAUGCAUUGAAACAAGGUCAAGACAUCUUUUGAAGACAGGAGAUCCGUUCUCUACCACAAAAUAUCUUUUCUGUCAUGAGUCCAAAUAAUCAAAAUAGAAAGUGUCACAUUACACUGUAGCCCCAAUCGAUUGGUCUUGUAUACUUCACUCCCUGCUGAAGACAGCAUUGAUCUCUGUGGAAUAAAGAAGCCUUGUGCGGAUCAUCACCUUUCACAUCCAAGAAAAGCAAUUUUCCAUAAAUAGGCUUUCCUAGCGUACAACCCUGUGAACGGGCAGUCUUUUUGGAGUGAUCAGUUUGCAUGGUGUCCGUCAAUAACCUAAUCUAUUGAACCAGAAGGGAAGGAGGAGUUACUGGCAAAAGGCUCAUGUUUGAAUCAAUACUAGGGCAAAACUGAGCCAUCUUUGUAUCUGUUUGACAAUGUCGUCUGUGGCCACAUCUGUCCUGAUGGUUUCUUUACAUGUCAGCGAUUCUGAAGAUAGCCGUUAGAGACAUGUCAUGUUAUUAUCUGUCUGUCUCUCAGGUAAUGGCUACAUUGAGGGAAAGGAGCUGGAGAACUUCUUCAGGGAAUUGGAGAUGGCCCGGAGAGGAGCAGGGGUGGUGAGUUCGAAAUCAAAAAGGCUUUGUAUAUGUAGACUAAGGUUUGCCUUUUAUUCAAAAAAUUGUAUUGUGAUUCCUAGGACCCCUCAAACCCCACAUUCAGAGAAAACAUGAAGGAGUUCAUGCAGAAGUUCGACAAGAACAAAGAUGGACGAAUUGAGAUGUCAGAGGUAAGGCUGUGGCGUUGUUUCUGGGAUCAUUCUUUUGUAAGUGCAAUGAGAGAACUGGUGUCAUCCUAGUCAUACUGCAGUCAGCAGCUUGCUAGCUGAACAUCAAGAAUGGAAAUGGGAGCAAUAAGAAGCCCCUUGCAAACGUAGAUAAACUUUUUUAUUUCAAGAAAUACUUUGAUUUUUAUGUAUCAUGUCUCUUACAUCUAUCUGACUAAAGGUAAGCAGAUAGUCUUUUAAACUUAGCAUGAAAAACCUAGAAACAGAUGGAAAGAGCUGGGGAAAAAACACAGACUGGAUGUGAAUAAAGAUAGAAAAAAAGUUUUUUACAGCGGCUAGCCCCUUGUAAGACAAUGCAGAGUUGAUUUUGUACUUUUUAUUAUGACUGAGGUUUAAUGAGUGUUUGUGAGGUUAAGGGCGGUUUUAUUACCAACUAGAAAAGCAAUCAGAGAGCGCAGACCUCCGCCAAGCAGCUCAUGUCCCCCCUUGAACAAGAAAUACCCUGACCGGGACUCAAACCCAGGAUCUUCUGGUUGUGAGGCGACAGUGCUAACCACUACACCACUGUACCGCCUAUCUUCACCACUGUGCCGCCCAUUGGUUAUCUUUCAGCAUUGAAAAUUCCAACGACACCCUUAUUUUUGUGUGUUCUGGAUCACAGUAUCUGGAAUUUUGUCUGGAUCAACACCAAAAUGUAAUGGGAACCUCCUGGGGCUGAGACGCACCUCUGGUGAAAAUUUCAGGUCAAUCCGUCUGUUACUUUCUCUGUAAAGUUGCUAACAGACAAACAAACAAACCAACGCUAUCGAAAACAUAACCUCCUUGGCGGAGGUAAUGAGCACUGCUGUGUUUGCUUCUUUGUGAACUCAGACAUAAAAGUGGCAUCAAUCUUAUAACUUUCACUUCAAAGGGAAAAAGAUGUGCAUGUUUUGCAGUGUCUUAAAAUUUGGAAGACAAUAAUCCAUGUUUGUUUGGACAAUUUUUGCUCCAGUUUUGUUAUUCAAGAGAGCUGCUCUACUUGAAUCAAUGCCAUGACAGCAAUCGGUUGUUUUUUUGUGCUUUUUACACACAAAUUGCUCUCAGUGAAAUGUGUCUCAGAUCCAAAUAUAACCACAGAAAAGCUUUGAGAUGUCUGCUUCAUGCAGGGCAAGAAAAAGUCGUCAAGAAGAAGUAGUUUGGAUUAUUUAAAGAGCCGGAGGAAUACAACACAGGCUUCACAGGGCUGAUCGAUACUCCAAUCGAUGCAUAAACACAGCCUUUAUGAAAGUCUCCACAGUGUCAGUUUGGGAUACUGCCCUCUCUUGAUUUUACCAUUUCAGAGUAAUUUGAAAAGGAAAAAGAGAUUCUGCAAUGUCAAUAAUCCCUCGCCAGGUGGAAAAGCUGCAUAUGAAAGUCAACGCUUUCGCCCAACCAUAAAAGAACCUUUAAAAAAAGUAUUUCUGACUUAAGUACAGCCUGGCCUUUGAGGUUACAGCUCUCUAUUAUUUAUGUCUGUACAAAAAGCUCACUGGUCUCCACCUCUUUUCCCCCAUCAUAUCAACGGCACCAUGUACUCACCACUCCCAUUUUCCUGUCAUUUCUCUCUUUAGCUGGCCCAGAUUCUCCCCACUGAAGAGAACUUCUUGCUCUGUUUCAGACAGUUUGUCAGCUCCAGCGCCGAGUUUAUGGCGGUAAGAGUGUGUUUCUGAGUGUUUUUGUGUGUUUCUGAGUGUUUUAAUGCAGAGCUACUGUUUCUUUUAAAGAACUUUGUCAUUUGUUCAGUUUUUUUUAAUAAAUUUUUGUGAAACCAUCUUGAUUUAUACAAAUAUCAUCAGUCUAUUUGUCUGAGCAAAUGAGUUGAGAGGAUAUUCCGGGGCAAAUUUAAGUCAUGGUCAAACACACCUUAACACUGAGUUAGACACCCCUUCGAGAGAUGAAUGUUGCCGACUGCUUGCUUCUUUAGUUAUACCAACUUCAGAAAUGACCACACGAUAGCAAUACACAGCGGUCUACAUCUCCAUGCACCCAACCAAAAAGCCACUGGUAGCCACAAAUAAUCAGCUCAGAACAGCAGCUAACUUCAUCAACAGUACAUAUCGGGUCCUAGCCAUAGUACUAGCCAACUCACCCACUCUCAGCUGCUUGUUUGUGGGGGAGCCCUGACGAGUUCAUCACCGAGUGCAGUGGAAAAUUUAUUAUCAUUACUUCAUGGAAAUGCAAUCAGACCAAGACGCUAAUGCAAAAGAACUGGAGCUUCUGCAGUGCACAUACAUACAAGAUACACAAGAACUCCGAUUGCAUUUCCAUGAAGUAAUAAUUAUAAAUGUUCUUCCUUGAGCUGCUAAACUCUGCCGCACUCAGUGAUUGACUCAUCAGGGCUCCCCCCACAAACAAGCGGCUGCAGGAAGAGAGGGGGUGAGUUGGUGUUUAGUCUCUUUGCUAAAGAAAUCAGGCAAAGUUAAAAAGAUGUUUGAUGGCUAGUACUAUGGCUAGGACCCUAUAUGUACUGUUGAUGUAUGUUGCUGCUGUUCUGAGCAUUAUUUGUGGCUUUUUGGUUUAAGGUUUGCGUGUGAAGAUGUAGACCGCUGUGUAUUGCUAGCGUGUGGUCGUCACUCAAGUUGGUAUACCUAGAAAAGCAAGCCGUCAGCAACAUUCAUCUCUCGAGGGGGUGUCUAAUUCGGUGUUACGGUGUGUUUGACCCCAACUUAAAUUUUGCGGAAUCUCCCUUUAAGUAGUGUCUUCUGACAAAAAGAUCUUAUCCUUCUAGCUUUGAUGGUUAAAUGUAUCAUUUUAUUGUGAAUAAUUUAUGUGGACUUUGUACUAACGGCUGUUUCUUUGGCUACUCGGCUAACUCCUACGCGCUAGCACUGCUUCAGACGGUAGAAACUAUGUUUUAAAAGUCAUCAGUCACAUUUCUAAUGAUUUUCUUAACUCUGGGGAGCUUCAUAAAAAGCAUCAGUAUGAGUUUCCCUCUGCGUAAAAGAUGUUGCAGAAAGUCCUCACUGGAGCUAUAAUGGAGGCUGUAGUUAUGUGAAGAACAUCUUCUCCGCAGAAAAUUGCUCAGUGGGAGACAGAUGGGGACAUGAAAGAGGCAAAGACUCGACAAAGACUUUGGACUGUACAAAUGUUUCAUUUCAAGGUCAUCAUUUCAGAAUAAUAGUUGUUUGAGUCAACAUUUAUGACAGCAGAACUAAAUAUUUCUUCAUCAACUUGGUCGACAAGGAAGCAAAAUUAACUUUACUCAUAAAUAAAACAUUAGUGCCCAGUUACAAGAAACACCUCAUAGCAAGUAAAAGCAUCUGUCUCAAUAACAGCCAAGUUCAGUUUACAUAGCAUUUACAAAAUAAAAUUUCCACGCUCAGUAAACAAGCAUAGAGGUGCUUUGAAUUAUGAAUAAGAAAUGAUUUUAAGAGUAACAAAAAGCCUUCAUCAGACUGAGAUGUGCACUAGCAUAUACCAAGAAAAAGAAAUCAUUUAUUCCACAAAAUAUCUGGAGAAGAGAAGGAAAUGGCAGAUUUUAUGUCAGAUCUGCCACAAUGAGAGAACGGAGCCAAUUAGAAACCAAUUACAAGCAGGGAAGAGUCUGUCCUUGUCUCUUGAGUCAUAUUGGGGAGGAAUAAUGAAACAGGAGAACAGGAGAGGAGGGUGACAGAGACAGAAGGUGUGGAGAGAGAAGGAUACAAAGGGCAAACGCGAGAGAGCAGGAACAGAGAAGACGUAAAUGAAAUGUCGAUGGGAAGUUAAGAGCCAGAGUUUGAGAACAUAAAGCCAGAGAGGAGGAUUAAUCAGUCUUUGUUGAAGGUUGUGCGGAGGAGGAGGAGGAGGUGGGCGUAGAGGUUCUUUAAGGGUUGGAAUGAGGAAGCAGAACCUUCUAUUUUCAGAGUCAUAUAUAAUGGAUAACACCACUGUAGUUCCUCUGAGGAGGAGGGAGGAGGAACACAGAAGAGAAGGAGAAGUAGGGGGAAGACCAUCCAUCUUUGAUAAGGAGCCUUUCUUUGGACAGGGACAGCUGCUAGAUUAAAACAUUCAUUAAAAUGACUGUCUCUCCCUCCUUCGUUUCUCUCUCUCUGUCUCCGUAUGCGAGUGGAUGGUAUGGUGUUGAAAACUGGGUGAUUACACAGUUUCAGGCUUUUGUGGUCACCCCCACUGGAACGAUUUCUGCUCAGCUCCAGAGAAAAAUCAAACUCUUAGCGCAGUUAAAGAGCAAGCUGGGGUUCGAUCAGGGAGGAUUUAUGAAGAGGGGAGAAAUGUAAAUCACCCUGAAGAAGAGGGUCUUUGUGCUAAAAAACUGCUUUUAGUUCAAUGAUCCUUUUGUCUUGUUUAUUUCUCAGGCAUGGCGGCGGUAUGACACAGAUCGCAGUGGUUACAUUGAAGCAAAUGAACUGAAGGUAUGUUUAAAUAUGAAUCUCUUUUAAUCAUAAAUCUAUGGAGAGUUGUUCAAGAGAAGGCUGUUAUGUAACAUGUCUGAUACUAUCAACCAAGUUUGGCUCCCUGAAGGCUCCAAUGACUUUUAAAAACCUUUAUUACUAAUUUCACAAGUAUUUUUUUGUCCAUCUAUCUGCAUACUUUGACCAACUUUGACCAACUUAUGAUUUUGGUUUUUUUUUGUCCUUUUUUGUCCUUUGAUUGUUCUGUUUCCCCUUCAUUCAUCAAUACAUUAUCACUCACAGAACAACCAGCCUAAACCAUAGUGAUCAGUCAUUUUACAAGAAACCUUUGUGAAAACCUACCACUACCACUACCUCUGAUAACUAUCUUAUUUCUCCACACACAUUCAUAGCACUGUAAUAUUUAUGCUUUCCUUAUUUUUCUCAUAUUCAUUUUUAUUAAUUUCAUCAUGUACAUUUAUUUUUGUUGGAUGUAAAACAACAGCAAACUGUCUUGACUUGUAUGUUUUUUUGAGUACACCAAUAAAAAGACAAGCAAAGCAAGAGACAACAACAACAAAAAACUACAUUUUUUGUGCAUCCACCCUUCACUCCUUUGAAAUCUGUGCUGACAGGAACAAACAACACUGAACCCACUUGAUAGUUAAAUAAGCGGUGCAAAUCUAAGAAAAAAUCUUAAAUGUUUAAGGCCCGGACUACAGGUAUAUAGAUAUUUAUUUAUCAGGAUAUUUUUGUACUCCUGUCUAAAUAAAUGUAUCUGUCCACACGUGUUAGUUCUCAAAAAUAUCUGCGUCCACACGUAGCCUUCAAAAUCAAUCCUAUCUGGUGCCGCUUAAAAAAACGAUUAUUAUGCAUUCAUUAACAUUACAAAUGUAAAUCACUUGGACAUUCCUCACAAAUUAUAUUGUGUUUAUCAUUACUGUUUUAAACAGAAUUAUUAAAGGAAUAAAAUUAUACCACAAAAAAUAAGUUUAAUUAAAAUAAGCUAACUUAAUUCGUUAAUUCACAGACCUUUUGUGCACUAGGUUCUGCAGACAAGUGAUGCAGUUUUGGAAAACUCUGGUGAUUCUUGGUAUACUUGAAAUGCUCCAACACGACUGACACCCUCUUGUCCCUAAAUACACCAUAGGUGACAGUUUGUUUUUUGCUCUAGUGCAUAAUAAACUGGCCCUUUUUAUGAGGCCAUUUUCUCUUGCAACUCACAGACCACUACUACAUGUUAGUCCCAACUGUCUAUCCUAUUUCCUCACUCCACCCACAAUGUCCUCCCAACUAAAGCCAUUAAAGAUACCAGUUAAUUACUGCAUCCCUAGUGGUCAGAAGACUGGAAAGGGUGUGUAAAAGUGGAGCUCUUACCAUUUGUUAUUACCUAAAGGCCAAUAGAAACAUUGAUUUAGUGUUUUAAUGCUUUCAAAACCAACAGAGGAAUGGAAACACAACUCAAAAUCUAAUAAUGCAUCUGAGUUAUUUCUCAACACACAAGAGAGAAACUUGGCAACUCUGACAAAGCAGGGUUCUUAACAAAAAAAUUACCUAAUGGACCUUUUUCACAGUACGCAGAAGUUAACAUUCUGCUCACUUCCGGUGUUAGCGUGAGGUGGAGCCACUUAGCAUCGCCCUUAGACGGCCAUUCAUUUUUCACGAUAUUAACAAGCUCACGAUUCGUUUUUUUGACAGGUAAUGUAAAUUUUAUGCUUUGUGCUGUUUUACUAACUCCUGUUCUUCAUUAUACUGUCCGGAUUUUGUACUUUACUUUUCGGGAAUUAUGUUAAAUAGGUCAUUACUGAAGAGCAAUGGUUACCAUCAUCAGAAAAUUUCCAGACCUAUUAAACAUAAUUCCCGAAAAGUAAAGUAAAAAAUCCGGACAGUAUUAUGAAGAACAGGAGUUAGUAAAACGGCACAAAGCAUAAAAUUUUACUUUACCUUUCAAAAGAACGAGUCGUGAGCUUUUUAAUAUCGUGAAAAAUGAAUGGCCGUCUAAGGGCGAUGCUAAGUGGCUCCACCACACGCUAACACCGCAAGUGAGCAGAAUGCUAACUUCCGCGUACUGUGAAAAAGUUCUAUAGCCUACUGAGUGUUUUGAUCAGGUGUGGAUUCUGAUGCAGAAAGUUUAACACUGUUAUCCACUUCAACGCCUCUUUGAGUUACAAUGUCAAAUCAUUCAGUAUAUUCCUCUGGGACAUGCUCCACACAGGUGAACUGAACACUAACAUGCUCAGUGGUUGCAGGGCAUGUUCACAUGUGGCUGCCUGAGUUGUUGUGGGAUCACAGAUCUUCCAGCUGAGCUGGUUCACGAGUCAAGGGGUCAUGAUCUACUGAAAUUGAAAGAAAAACGCAGAUAAGAGGACAGACAGUAGACAUGCUAAAACUACAUAGUGACAUAAAAGAAAUCCUGAACUGCUCAACAGAUGAAAUCAUAUAUUCAAGUUAGUGGAGCUUUAUUACCCUUACUCCAUGUUUUGUCAGACUCAGUGUACAAAUCUGGAUUUUACACAUGAAACUUAAGAGAUGUCCAUUACAUUUGCUGAAAUAAAUUCCAAGUUUUGAACAUUUCUUUCAGAACUUUUUUCUGUUGAAUACUUGGUUACACGGCCUGCCACAUCUUUUAACAUGCUUUUUUUCUUGGUAGAUCUUAUUGUUAAUGAAUGAAUGGUUUCUGAAGUUUGUGACAAAGGAGAUUAAAUUUUGGAUGAUCUUGCUUAAUGUUACUUAAAAUCUGUGCAGCUUCUGUCCUGUUGUGAACCUUCAGGUAGUCCUACAUCUCCAAACCAAACUUCAUGGAAAGCUGGGGGCUGUUUUUUAUUUGUAGAUGUCUUAUUUCUGCAUGUUCUUUCUCAUCCUUUUUUUCCCUAUCUGUGUCACCAUCCUCAGGGCUUUCUGUCAGACCUGCUCCAGAAGGCGAACAGACACUACGAUGACCAGAAGCUCCAGGAGUACACGCAGACCAUAGUGAGACUCUAACACACCAAAACACAUACUAUAAAAAUCCAGACCGCUCUGCAAACUAGAGGACACUACCCUCAUUUAGUUGAGCCACACCAUAUGGGCAGUACCAGUAAAAUUUGUCAUAAUUAGUUUUUAUCAUUUUUUCUUAAAAGUCUACAGAGAGAGAGCAUGUUGGUUUAAAGUCUGAUGUACCUGAAUAGAUCAAUUAAAUGAAGGAACACUAUGAGGAUUUGGCAUUAGACUAUGUCCACACAAUGAAUGGUAAGACUAAAAUGGUAAAAACUGUAAUCCAUGGAUCAGCAGUGACCCCUGCAGAUUCUCUUGUAGAUCACUUUGUGGACAGCCAUUGUGUGCAGCUUGAUAGUCCUGACCUUUCAUACCCUGCAGGUUAUAUGUUCACAGUCCAGAUGUGUUUACUUGUACAUCUGCUCCUGCCUUGAAGGCUGACCUGACCUUGUUUUCUUAAGAAUUUCUUUAAUGCGCUCACACUUUGUCACCAUCGUUAUCUCACACUUUAUCAAAGCAAAGGCGAUUACACCACAUGUCGGUUAUUUAGCGAGUCGAUUUUGCUAUUUUCAAGUCCCGAUUAAGGCAUCAGUAUUUUUAAAUUGUGUACAUUUGUCUAUAUCAUCCUGACAGGGAUCCUCUGUUAAAAAAAUGAACAAUGAAUACAGUUAAUUACCAUGCAGAUAACACUGGCAGAUUUCUGAGGAAGAUAUGACCCAUAAAAGCAGAUAGAGAAUAUGUCAGACAUUAUGUUGGAGGCUUUGAAAUACUAUGAUUAGUCAGUCCUCUGUUAGCUACAGUAGGUCACAUUAAGUGUGAACUUGCAAAUAAUCCCAGUUCAAUUCAAUUCAAUUCAAUAUAACUUUAUUGUCCCCACAGGGAGAUUUGUUGUGGACAGUCAGUACUGCUAAAAACAACUGCAUUGCAUAAUGCGCGAACCAGAAACACAUACAGACAUAUGGAGAGUUGACAGUUCUGCAUUAACAGACAUAUCACAUCAUCUUCUCAUUUCACACGAGUGGGUACAUUUUCAGAGCCAGACCACAGAUAUUGCACAACCCUAGUUGCAGAGAAGAACAAGUUUCAAUGGUACUUAGAAAGGCCUACCAAAAGUGGCAGAUAAAUGAGUACUGAUAAGGAAUAUUUAUAAAGUGCAGAGUGACAUUUGAUAAGUAAUUAAAAACAAUAAAAGAAUAAAAGCAUUUUAAGACUACUAAAGAGAUAGAGAAUAAUAUCUCAGUGAAUUAAGAACCUUUUAAGAUAUCGCAGGUAGUUUGUUCAAGAGGUGGAUGGAUGUUGAGAGAAAAGAGUGAUUGCUUUUGUAUCUGCCUGCUCUGUAUCUUCUCCCCGAGGGCAAUUGUGAUACUGCAAUUGUAAUGAUAAUAAUGGCAACAUUAUGUCACAUUUAAAUGAAAUGGUUUCAUUUAAAACACAUGCAGAAGAAAGAAUACUUUUUGCCCCUUUUCUCUCAAGUAGUUCUGCCCAUAGAAAGAGAGAGCUUUUGAGUUUUUAGUUUUGUAAGAAUUAUUGGAGUAAUUUUUGUGGACUAGUCUUGUCUUAAACAUAAACAGCUAUGAAACAAAUGUAGAAACUUUGUGGCCGGUCAUUUCAUUCCUCAGGCAUGGAAUUGGUGGUACUGCAUCGUCCUUUAUCCUGACAGCAUAUAUCUAUAAAAAGCUUUUCUUUCAGCCCGUCUUCUCUGUCCCUCCUAUCUCUGCUCUGCUUCUUCUUUGUAGCUCAGGAUGUUUGAUCUGAAUGGAGAUGGGAAGUUGGGCCUGUCAGAGAUGGCAAGGUAAUGUGCAGUUUUACUCGCUUCUGUUCAUUAUAGAAAUGUUGGAGCCCAUUGCCUGCUGAUGUUCUUUCAAUGGAUUUGAAUAAUUUAACACCUAUUGUGUCCGCUAAUGAAGUCCUUCUCCCCCACAGGCUCCUUCCUGUUCAGGAGAAUUUCUUACUCAAGUUCCAGGUAGGGACCAAAUACGGUAAAAAAAGGCAUGGUCAUGAGAAAAAUGACUUCCUUAUAGGGUUGUGUCUCUGUUUAACAUACUGUGUACUGAUAACUUGACUGUUCUGAUUGGGUUUUAUAACUCUGGCAUAAACUUGUAGCUUUGUAACUAAAGUCACAUCCUUGUUUUAUAGGGUGUCAAGCUGGAUGCUGAGCAGUUCAAUGCCAUCUUCACAUAUUAUGACAAGGUAGGAGAUAAUUGGACCUGAUGGCAUUGUUUUCUUCUUUCCAAAGACUCAGUAAAGCCUGGCCUCACUUUGUAUGUGGCCCUUUGUCACCACCUCUCAUGAGAAAACAGUUUUCUGAAGUUCCCUAUAGUUAAAAUGAACUACAAAGCUUUUCUCUGAGGUUGCUAAUAAUGCUAUUGUUUUCAUCUCAGAUAAAGUAUAAGAGUGUUUUUAAUGUUUCGUAGAUGUAGGUAUUAUUUGGCUGAAGUGAGUGGAAAAUAUAACGUGAAAAACCUCUUUACCUACCACUUAUAUGUAUUUUGUAUUUCCUCAUUAAAGUCCUGUAUCUGAAAGCUAUUAUGCUAAUACGGUGAAAUGCCUCAGGAAAAGAAAGAGUAGAGUAGACAGAUGCUACAAAGUACAAAAUAAACCCAGACAAAGCUUUGAAAAAUAGGUUAGACUCUAUGUAAACUCUGUCUGGGUGACUCAACAGUGUUUGUUUUGGAGUUCCCCCUUCCUUUAAAUCAUGAAUAUACAAAUUUCUUGUUUUGAAUCUAGGGCGCUCCACAACUACCUAGGGAAAUGAGUGAGGCUUGGCACACCUGUUCCUUUGUAAACAGCUCAGGAUGGGUGAGCAGUGGUUCAGUUAAUGGCCACAUUUUCCACAUUAGAAACAGACUGGCAGGGAGCAAUUAAGACGAUAUAAUACAAGAAAAAGGGGGACAGAACAAAGUUAGAGAGGACAGAGAUGACUCUGGUCAUCUGCUGAGUUUGUCUAUCAUCAUCAUCAGGUAGAUAGAAGAGAGCUAAAUCAAUAUUUGACUGAAAUAAAAGACUCAGCUGGAUAUGCACUCCUGUUGGCUCGGCUCUCAGCGCUGAUUUGCUGAAUGUUUUUUAAUAUUUAUGCAGUUGUUCAAACAUUUGUGCUGAAACCUGCAUCUCUUUGCUCUUUUAAGCUGCUUUUAGGAAUCUUACUUGAAUAGAAAAUAUGACUCCUCAGUAUUUUCAAAGCUUGAAUUUUUAAUUGUUAGCAGUAGUUUCCAUUUAGAGAAAUGUGUGCAGUCCAUUUAGCACUGUAUCAUAGUGUGGAUGUUCAAGUGUUAGAUAGGAUAUGAUCUCACUUCAGAGUGAACAAGGUUAAAUGUUCAAUCAUAGAUGAGACACUACUCAUUUGAGCUCCGUGCUAAUAUGGCACUGCCAUUUAUGUGUGUUAUAGUUUCAUCAUUUUGUCAUGAGCGCAGCCUUGGCAGCUGAAAAACUGGUCUUGCUGUCACUGGUGCUGAGAAAUCUCGAGCAGGGCAAAGUAUGACCAGUCAGCUGAACACUGAUAUGACUCAUAGUGCCACAGCCCCAAACUGUGCAAGGCGUUACAAAUGUCCAAAAUACAAGAUGGCACAAAGCUUAGAUAAACGGAUUAGUACCAAAUGUUCCCAAAGACCUGCAGAUUUGCUCUUUUUAUCCUUUAAGUAAAACUAUAUACAGAAUUUAUUCUUUAUUCCCAAGAGCCAGGAUGCUUUAGUCCAGCUUUGAACAGCACCUUCCAAAGUAACAAAAAAAAACCCCAAUAAAUAAAUUACGACUGGCAAGUCAUUUAGCUAUGAGAUUAUCUUGAAACUGAGCUUUGACAAACUGAUCAUGUUUUUUGUGUAAUGUGCCAAGGGAAAUUUUCUGACAAUUUGGACUCAUUUUUUGGCCCCAAACUCUGAACACGACUGCACGACUUACCUUAUUAGUUAACAAAAUGGCUCCAUACUAAAUUUACAGCACAGCCCUCUACAGAAUUGUGAAUGGGAGGUCUUUUAUAAACCAUCACUCAUGAAGGCUAUUUGGCUGGUAAAUUCAUGAUGGCUUCCAUUAAUAAUUGACUGGAGCAGUAAAGCAGAACUAAAAUCUGAAAGCAAAGAGUCUAAACAUAGCUGGUACAUCUGCUGAGAAAGAAGUGCAGGAUUUACAGAUCAGGAAAUGUCAGGUGCAUCGAGACAAAUACAGCAGGAUAGUUUUCAGAUUUUUCCAGUAGUCCUGUCUUUUCUUUGGCUGGGGAUGAAAAUAACAUCUGUGUCUGUUUCUGUAAACUUUUUUUAGGAUGGAAACGGCUACAUUGAUGAACAUGAGCUGGACGCGCUCCUACGAGACCUCUACCAGAAAAACAAGAUGGUAAGAUAGAAGCUCGGGAAAUGGUCCUGAGCCAUUCUGAAUAGCGAACAUUUGGGAAUUUCCAACAUUUUGAUUGGUAUUUUAGCCUUUAUGGACAGCUGGAGAGAGAUUCUGUAUAUGGGCUUUUAAUCUGAACUUGAAAUUUCAGAGCGAAACAGAGCACCAUUGAAGAUACAGUGAGUGGAAAUAUGAGUAUUUAUUCUGAAAAGAAAUGCUCCUAUUCUCACCCACACCAGCACCCACUAUUCUCACCCACACCAGCACUGAAGUGAUAGUAGCCUCUGAGAAAGUAGUGCUUGUAGGGUUUUUAUACCUUCAUCCAGUCACAUGUCUGUUACUAGUUUGUCCAUUUUGUGUUACUCUAAAAAAAUUGUGUUGCAAGGUUGCAGUCUAGGUUGAUCGAACCCACUCCAUGUACCGAUAAAAAGCUCAUUUUAAGUCGACAAAGACAAAAGGGUUUAAAAAUUCUGGUGACAAUACACUUCGUUAAACAGAGUUGUAAAUACUAUCUUCCAUUCAAAUGCUGCUAAAUUCUUUACACUGUUCCUUUAAACGGACAAGUCAAGCUAAAGGCUUUUAAAUUUGCUCCUUCACCUUUUUCUUGGCAUGAACAACAGAAAGAGCAGAAGCUUGAUGAGCUGGUUACACUGGUAAAAUUUAAAGCAUUGGUGAACAACCUGGAGACAAACCCACCUGCUUGUAGGUGUUCUGCUUUGUGUAAACAGGCCCUUGGUGGAUUGAACCCAGUGUUGGUGACUUAUUCCAUUAUGACACAUUUUAUUGAGUCUUAGAAAUGUGUUGUGAACAUGUACUCUGUUGGCUGCCCUUUGUCAGAAACUUUUAUCUUGGUCAGGACACUCUUCAAAACAGAUUUCAAUGUCAAUGAGUUAAGUCCAGGCUAAAUCAAAAAAAUAGAUUAAAAAAAAUAUCAGAAAGUUGGGAACAAAGUUAAACGCCAACAAAGUCAGCAUAGUAACUGAAAGUUGUUGGAGAGAACCUGUUUUUAUGUCAUUCUUUUCUUAAGGAUGAUUUGACCAAAAUAGUGUGUUGUAAAUCCAUGACUGUCAUUUGUAUUGUGUGGUAACAGAAACCAUGAAAAGCAUAGAGGGACCAAAAAGUCAUCAGGGAGUAAAUAUUGAGUACACAUCUCAAAUUACGAAACGGAAUCCCACCCAGAAAACCUGGAUCUGUUGUUCAUGUUCCCCCCAGGGCUUUCUAACAAAGUGCCCUCUGCUGAGGCUGUGGCACAUCUUCAUCCUACAUGAAAAAAGAGUUUGACUGCAAAGGACAGUUCUUUUUUCAGUUAUGAAUCCUGAGUUUCACUGACCUGUCUGUCUUUCAGGAUGUGGACGCAAAGAACCUGAAAGGCUACAAGCAGAGCAUCAUGAGCCUGUCUGACGGAGGGAAGCUGUACCGUAGCGAGCUGGAAAUUGUCCUCUGCAGGGAGCCAAUUGUGUGACUCUUCCUCCUCUCUUGUUGUAUAUCAUAAUUUUCUCUGCCUGCCCCGCUUUGCUCUCCUGAGACCACACCCACUUCCAGCUGCCUGGCAACAUAUUCCAGGUGCAUGAGCCAGACACCCCCUGCCCCUUAUCAUUUCCCUGACCUGUGAUAAAAUUACAACUCCAGAAUGAAUGAAAAGUGCACUGUCAGCCUCUCAUCCUUAAACCCUUAUUUUCUGCAAUUGGAUCCCUUGACCUCAAACAUGACCCCUUUGAAUCCUGCGGCUUUCCAUCUUUGUAACAUUACCCGUAUCCUUAACCAUUUCUUACCUCAUCCCUGUUCAUGCCGCCCAUGCUGUGCCUGACUUGUAUAUCCUGUAAAGCCCAAACCCAUCAUUCCACAGAAACGACCUUUUUACCUGUUGAAAACCCUUGAACCUUUACCUGGCUUCAUUGACCCCUUCAUUCCCUCGCUCUAUCAACUUUGCAUUAUUUACAAUAUAUAGUCAAAGAAUACUGCAGACAACUGUGUUUAAAUUGAUCUUAUUUAUAGUCUGUGAUGGAGAUGUUACAGAUUUUUCCACCUCUGUCUGACCAGAACCUCUUCUGUUACAUUUCCAUGCCAUGAUUUUCAUUUUAAACAUUUGUUUUGGGCUGAUUCUGUCGAUUGAAAAUAUGAAUAAAAUGUCUUCAGAUAAAAUCUGUUUUUGUAUGGACUCUUUAAUGAAAAAAUGCCAGUGUUGGUGAUGACUUCAGGACACUUGCAUGACUUCCUUGCAGUCUAAACAUUUCUCCUACAGAGCCGUACAAAUCUGUCGUACUCUCGAAGUUUCAUUUCUUGAUUACUUUCUGUUGUGCUGACCUUCUACACAAACUUGUUUAUUUUAUCAUGCCUCCAAGCUUUAAACUGCUCCCUGAACUUCCAAGCAUAAAAAGGAUUAAUGGUUGGUGUAAUCACAACAAGAGCAGGAUGAUGCACAAUUUAAAGCUACAGUAAAGUUAAGAAAAACACUUUAACAGGACUCUGUUGUUGAUGUUGGUUCUCUGUAUUAAGCAACUUAACAGCAGUAGCCAUAACUUCUAAUGCUUUGCUUCCAUAUAAAUUUCUUGGUGUGCAUUUGAAUCAAGAAGCUGAUAAAACUAACGGGUUGUUUUCCCGUUGCAAGGACUCGGACAGCUUUAUUUGCUGCAUGAUGUCUUUCCCCCAGUUGUGUAAUGAAAAUGACUGAAGGAACAAGUGGAGUGGUAUCGCUGAGUCUGCACUGCAAAGCAUAGCUUGUGUUUUCCCCUCUUGAGAAUGAAUUGCACUUCAGCCUUCUCCUCAUGAGUUCCAGAAGUGAUCCUGAUCUGCAGCAUUAAAAGAAAAUGCUGAUGUAUGCUCCAGUUAACAUAAAUUUAAACUUAAUUUCUAAUGGAAUCCUUUUUUUCUGCCAUCGUUCAGCACUUCUAUUAGAAGUGGGUUUAACUGAGCAGCAGAUGAGGUUAAACCACCCCUAAUAGUUUAUUGUAGUAGGCGCCUGUUACAUGAAGCCAAACGUUUAAAAAAUACAAAAUUUAAAAUUAUUUAUUUAAAGUAAAUGCAACAACAAACUGUGUUGAGAAUUGCAACUGUAAGUCCUAUGUUUUCAAGCUCAAACCAGGGUGCAGGCCUUUCUUUCUCCCGAGCUGGGAUGUUCCUCCUGAGAUAGUAGGACAGAACAUGAUAUUUCGAGUAAAAUCCUGUAAUUGAUUUGACAUGCUUUUAAAGUCACCUGAAUAAUACAGCAAGCACACAAGCUCUCCCUGUGAAGCUUGUGCAAUUCCACAUCAAUUAAUCAAAAGCAUUGAAAUCUUUAUAUGACAUGCAGCUGCACCAGGGAAAUCUGCUUAUCUCUAAAACAGUGAUUGAAUAAAGUUUAAUGUAGACAUAAGAAACAGACAACCUCAGUGACAAUAGUAAGAAAUGUUCAAUAAUUGCAUGUGUGUUUAAGUCUAGCAUCAGAAGAGAAAGGUCAAAUGACAAUAAGCUGCUUUACGUAUCUAGUCAAUUUUGCAUUCUUGCAUUAGUAAUUACUAAUUGCCUAAGACUAACAGUAAAACUCUUAUUCGACUUGAGUAUCGCUGGUGUUAUUAGAAUACAACACAAACAGAACAAUGGCAAUAACUGAAAGACACCUCACCAGAGGUGUUUUAAACAUAGCCAUAUGCAGGUAAGUACAAAAUAUCAGCGAAACACAGACACUCAGACUGUGCAUGAGGACAGCCUUGUCACUGAUAAUCUCAUUUUACAAUGUAGGUCAUGAAGAGGUUCCUCCUGAGAUAGUAGGACAGAACAUGAUAUUUCUGGUAAAAUCCUUUAUGAGUCUCAUAUGAGUGAGACUUUUUCAGAAUCAGUUUUACUCCUCACAUUGCCUUUAACCAUGAUCUAACUGUGGCAAACACAUCAAAACUCAUCAUGUCAGCUAUUUGACCAAGUGAAGUUGUGGGAGGACUUUAAAAAUACAUUUUGUUUUCUUUAAUACAUAUAUCAAAAUAUAGUUGUUCGUGUGUGAACAAAACAUAAGUCCUGAAUGGACCAUAGAGUGUUCAUCUGUAUUAUCGGGUAAUUUGGCUCUUAAACCAUCAGCCACCCACCCUUAGGUGAUCAAGUAAAGAGUGAUCAGUCCCUGAAACAUAACUUUGCUCUUCAUGUUCCUUUUACGGAUCAACAAUAACCUUAAGGCCUUUUCAGUGGAGUUUAAGUGUGACUGUCCAGAAAAGUACCAUGCCCAUCUUGGACUGGCUCACAGCAUCCUCUUAGGCCAUGUAACAGGCAGUGUUAUUUUUAGCCUUUUAAACUUCUUGGCUUCUUCAUUCUAGUCCAUUGCAAAAUUAACUGGGACAACAUGUUGUGUAUGUUCUUUAAUUACCAUCAUUCCCAGGCAGAGAAACUUGAUAAAUUAUACAAUGAGGAAUGGAAGUCAUCAGCAUUUCACUGCUGCAGUGUUAUUCAAGCCCAUCGCUUUGAUAGCAACCUUCAGCUAAUUUGUAUUUUUGAGCCAGUUGUUUCUAGUCUUCGAUGGUGUACAGAGAGAAGGACAGGUGAUGGAUUCCUUGCCUUUAAGCCGGGCCUGCUAAAAUGGUAUUUGGGAAUGUUAUUAGUAUGUUAUGGGAGGGCCUCUGAUAACAAAAUUUCUAUCAGCUCCUUGAACUCAGUAUUAAGGCGGGUUUAAGUGAGCCACCAUUGAGCGUCUGAGUCGAACAGGAGGGGACAUCAAGCUGUUUCCGCCCGGUUUCGAACCGGGGACCUUUCGCGUGUGAGGCGAACGUGAUAACCACUACACUACGGAAACUCACGGGACAUGCGGGAUGGGUACGCAGCGCCCAAAUCACCUGCUUUCCAAAUGCCAAGAUUUCGGACACUCUGUAGGACUUCGAUUCCCCCGAUGGGGAGAUUAUUCCUUUGCUCCAGCAGCUGAUUUUAAGCCCACAAAGACCGGGGGCUAGGACAUCAACCCGCUCUCCAGCCCAGGUCAGCUGACAAACUGUCAGCCUUCCAUCCUACAAAGGGGGAGGUCAAAUGAAUGAGAUUGCAUGCAAAGAGGGUCUCAAUCUGCCGGAGGAAAAAACAAGAAAGAAAAGAAAAAAAGGGAUGAGAAAUUCUGACUGGGAGUCAUGUUACGCCUUCAUGUCACCUUUCUCUAACUCCAAGCCCUAUUCGA